CCGCCACGUGGGGACCUCUCGGCCCCUCAGGCGACUGGCGCCGACAAGUCUGAGAAGCAGCGAGCAAUCGGCAAGAGUGUUUCGUCCUCCCUCGUCGCAUCGGCCGGCUGGUGGUUGGAGGCGGGACGGGAGGAGCGGGAACCGCAGGACACAGUUGAUACAGCCUCGCUCCAACCCACUUUCGGCGAGGGUGAAGGUACAGAAGGACUGGUCGAUAAGGGCUCCCGUGAAUUAUGGCUCCCUCCCCCGAGGGCAUGGGCAGCGUCAGCGGCCUUUAGCGUUGGCAGUUUUGGGGAAUAAACUUGUCAAAAGGCUGACUCGUAGCAAACGAAAGCAGGCUCUGACUUGUGAUUGUUUGGCGAUUGCGUGGUCAAAUGGGAAAAAACAUGCAGCCACCUUUCGAGAAGAGCUCCAGAGACAACCGGGAAGUGACAUAUGA